UCCGAUCCCAGAUACCGAAAAGGAACGACAGAGCCGUGACCGCGAGGGGGGAAGGCUAGCCAUAUUUCUAUAUACCGAGAAAGCACACUUCCUUCUUUUCCUUUUCUUCCUUCAAGAUUUCUUGAGGUCUCGCAUUUACACAUCUCACAUCACAAUGGCAGCGACAAGACGUUCAUGCAUGCGGCUUUCGGCGUUAUUGCCUUCGUCGUCAAACGCUUUGCUUAGAACACAAUUGCCGCGUGUAUCAGCGCGUGUGGCAUUGAGCAGACGCACAGCGGGAGUUGCUGGAUUGACGUUUACCCGUGGCUUCAUCAACGAUGUCAAGACUGGCGGCAGCGAUGCAAGCAGUGGUGUCGAGGAUAUCGGAUUGAAUGAGAGUUUGGCGCCCACGAUUGAUCGCUCGAGAUCAAAGGUUUACGCUUCUGCUGAUGAGGCUGUUGCUGAUAUCAAGAGUGGUUCUACUAUUUUGAGUGCUGGGUUUGGUCUUUGCGGUACUGCUGAUACUAUCAUCAAGGCUAUGGCGAAGAGGGGAGUUGAGAGUUUGCACUCGCUAAAGGCUGUUUCCAACAACGCCGGUGCUGGUCCCUAUGGUCUUGCCGAGCUCGUUCAAAAUGGCCAACUUACCUCCGUCAUUCUGUCUUUCCUCGGAACAAACAAGGCUAUUGAGAAGAAGUACCUUUCUGGAGAAUUGGACGUCGAACUCACACCUCAAGGCACAAUUGCCGAGCGUAUCAGAGCUGGUGGUGCCGGUAUCCCUGCCUUCUACACCCCCACUGGUGUCCACACAUGGAUCGAAACUGGAGAAAUCCCCAUCAGAAUGGGUCCUCCUAAGGAAGGUUCCAAGAUGCCCACCACCCUGCAACCUGGCAACCGACGUGAGACCCGUGAAUUCAAGGGCAAGAAGUUCAACUUGGAACAUGCUAUCCAAGGUGAUGUUGCCAUCUUGCGCGCCUACAAGGUCGACGAGGCAGGCAACUGCGUCUUCCGCUACACUACUGGAAACUUUGGUCCUAUGAUGGCAAAAGCAGCCGCCUGCAGUAUCGUAGAGGCCGAACACAUCGUCCCUAUCGGCGAGAUCAAGCCCGACGAGGUUGACCUCCCUGGCAUCUAUAUCGACCGCAUCGUCCCCGCAACAGAGGAGAAGAAACUCGAAGUCAAGAAAUUGCGUGAAGUCGAAGGCGGCGACCAAUCCAACAAAUCCGAAGGCGAGAAACGUCGCGAGAGAAUCGCCCGUCGUGCAGCCAAAGAGCUCAAGCAAGGCUACUACGUCAACUUGGGUGUCGGCAUGCCCACACUCGCCCCUUCCUUCUUGGACCCCAAGAUCAAGGUCUGGAUCCACUCGGAAAACGGACUCAUGGGUAUGGGCCCCUACCCCACCGAAGAAGAAGUCGACGUGGACAUCAUCAACGCCGGCAAAGAAACCGUCACCAUCCUGCCCGGUGGCUCCACCUUUGAUUCUGCCGAGUCGUUCGCUAUGAUCAGAGGUGGUCACAUCGAUGUCUCCAUGUUGGGAGCUCUGCAGGUCAGCGCUAACGGUGACUUGGCAAACUACAUGAUUCCUGGAAAAGUGCUCAAGGGAAUGGGCGGUGCCAUGGAUCUGGUCUCCAACCCUGACCAGACGAAGAUUGUGGUGCUCACCGAUCAUGUGGACAAGAACGGUGUCAGCAAGAUUCAGCAGGAGUGCAGUUUGCCGUUGACCGGUGCUCGUUGUGUGUCGACUAUUAUCACUGAGUUGUGUGUCUUCCAGGUUGACCGUAAGAAUGGAGGUCUUACUCUCACUGAAGUUGCACCUGGCGUUAGCGUCGAGCAAGUGCAAGAAAAGACCGCCGCCAAGUUCAAGGUGGCCGACGAUCUCCACGAGAUGGAGUAG